AUGUUGGCACUCUGUGGCCUGAUCUUCUUCAUUGUCUUUUAUACCUCGCCGGUUGCCUCGAGUGCCCUUCCCAAGAACGAACGCUGUGUGACUGCGAUAUACACUGCUUAUGGAUACCUUUCCUUCGCCGCAGCCCCAGACGUGGGUUUUUGGGAGACCCGGUGUCAGAACCCGCUAAAGGUCACCUCAAUCUACGCCGCUUCCGACGUCUAUUGCCUCCCCUUCGAAAGGAAAGCCGGCAUCUUACAACUCCAGCAGUCUUGCCGGGACUUUGGUCAUCUAGAAUUGAUACCACGAGAACAACUUGCCGAAAACCUCACAAGGGAUGCUCUCCGUCGCAUGACAAUCGUCAAGUACCUGGAGGUCCCCAGAGAACAUCCCAUCAACACACCUGUUUUGCUCGCACCAUCAUAUUAUGAUACCGUUUUUCAGACGAUUGAUACCUGGGAAUUUGAAGUUUGGUCACAUUACGCCUAUGGUUUGCUUGGUUAUGCCUUUUGGCUCUGCAUACUUGCUCUAGGGAUUCUGCAACGGCUGGGACAUCAUAUCACUCAGUCUCAAAUGGUACAAACCAGCUAUAGAACAAGCCCCGGACUACGCACGCUGUGUUUACCCGUACAAAAGCUCUGCCACUGGGUGCAGGUGUAUCUCGUGGUGCCACACCCUUUGCGGUCGAAUGGCCGCAAGGUACUCUGGUGGACCUUUCCCACACGCCUUGAGGCUAUUGUUGUGCUUGCCUUCUGGAUCCUUAGCAUUAUCGUUUGUACAGCGAGUUAUCGACUCAUUCCGAAUAACAUAUACUGGCCCGAUGGACAAUCGCAGCUGCUUCGAUAUGCUGCGGACAGAACGGGCAUCUUAUCUUUUGCCAACAUUCCACUUCUUUGGCUCUUUGCCGGUCGCAACAACAUCUUCAUCUGGGCUACCGGGUGGAGCUUCGCAACUUUCAAUCUUUUCCAUCGCCACGUAGCCUGGAUAGCCACCAUCCAGGCUGUCGCACAUACAUCUCUUUACCUCUUUAUCAUGUACGGGAAAGGCAGAUUGCUCAAGAAGCUGCAAAAACCAUAUCUCUUAUGGGGAACAGGAGCAACCAUCCUUAUGGUGCUCGUCCUACCACUCGCCAUUCAAUGGUUCCGCCACCGAUCUUAUGAAAUAUUCCUCCUUAUACACAUCAUCUUCUCCGUUGGUCUCCUCGUGGGAUGCUUCUAUCACACCAUCAUCUUCUCUGAUCACGAAUACUGGACCUAUCUUUGGCCCGCAGUGGCCAUCUGGUCCGCGGACCGGGCACUGCGUGUCAUCCGCCUGAUCUACUGCAACGUGCAUGUACGAUGCAAUGCCGGAAAUAGCAUACAGUACACCAAAAGCUUUGCCAGCUACGACGAAUCUGCAGACGUGAUCCGGCUCGAGGUAUUCCCGGGCUCCAAGCUUCUCUGCCCCAACCCCGGGCAGUAUUAUUACCUAUACCAACCGUUUCGUCUAACGGGCUGGGAAAGCCACCCGUUCACCCUCGGUCACUGGUUCUACGAGUCCGACUACAAAGACGCAUCUCCCACUCCUCCACUAACCAAGGAGGACCACGCCCUCGACGUGACCCAAGUACCUCUGCUCUCCGACUCCGCAUCCUCCGAGUCCACCGAGGAGAUUCAACUUAAGCGCCACGCCCCUCGUGGCCUGAAACUCGUCUUCUGGAUACGACCGUAUGACGGAUGGACGCGUCAACUCCGCGACCAAUGCAGGUGUUCCCCAACGCAGAGCACCGACAGCACCAUUCUUCUGGAGGGACCGUACGGCGAGCGCUUCCCACUCUGGAACUAUGAAUCCGUGCUUCUCGUGGCUGGCGGAACCGGCAUCGCCGCCAUAAUCCCGUAUAUCCACGAACACCUCCUGCGCACCGCCGAGGACCCCGAGCAAGCGGCCAGCCAAAUCCGGGAUUUGCAGCUCGUGUGGGUGGCGCGACAGGCUGCGUUUAUUCGACAGAUUGCGGCCCGCGAAUUGGCUCCAGCCUUGAUCCGUGAUGACUUCCGGGCUUCGUUCUAUGCCACUGGCACGCAGACCUCCACUGCGUCCAAUUCCGUUCCGUGCAUGGAUGAGCUGGAGAUAGUGGCGGGACGGCCGAACGUGGAGAGCGUUGUGUUGGCCCAUGCGCAUGCUGCUCAGCUUAGCGAGUCUUCUGUGGCGGUUCUGGUAUGUGGACCGGUCGCUCUGGCGGAUCAGACGCGGGCAGCGGUGCAGUUGGCUCUUGAACGAGGAUAUCGUAGUAUCCGCUAUGUGGAGGAGUCGUUUAGUUGGUGA